AUGAUCCAGGCACUUCUCCAGCGCCUGGCCCGCUGGCUAGACCGGCCGUUAUUUCCAUGGAAGAAGCUUGUCGUUGGCUUCUCGCUCGCUGAAUUCGCACUUGAGAACUGGCUCCUCUUCCGCCAAUACCGCGUUCUCCAGCGCACCACGGUCCCCAAAGCACUCAACAAGGAAAUCGACUCGACUACAUUCGACAAGUCUCAGGCAUACGGUCGCGCAAAGGCAAAGUUCGGCUUCAUCUCCGGCGUCUUCAACCGCGUCAAGCACCUCGCAACUCUCUAUUUCAAUGUCUACCCCAUCGUCUGGGGUGUCGCCGGCUCGUUGGUCGCCAGCUAUGCGCCCGUCCGCUUCUCCGGCGAAAUCACCCAAUCGCUCCUGUUCAUGUAUCUGCUAGGAUGGAUCGACCUUGCGUUUGGCCUCCCGUUCUCAUACUACCACAGCUUCGUACUGGAGGAGAAAUUCGGCUUCAACAAGAUGACGGUCAAGCUGUGGCUUUCUGACAUGGUCAAGGGCCAGGCUCUCGCUCUUGCAUUCGGUAUCCCCAUCGGCAGCGGAUUCUUGGCCAUCAUCAAGAGGACGGGUCAGAACUUCUUCUACUACCUCUGGGUGUUCAUGCUGGUUGUGCAGAUCUCGGCCAUGACAAUCUACCCGAUUCUCAUCGUUCCCAUGUUCAACAAGCUUGAGCCGCUAAAGCCGGGCAAGCUCAAGGAAUCCGUCGAAGCGCUUGCGUCGAAACUCCAGUUCCCGCUUGCCGAGCUCCAGGUCAUCGACGGCAGCAAGCGCAGCGCUCACAGCAACGCAUACUUCACUGGACUACCCUGGAUUGGCAAGAAAAAGAUUGUCAUCUACGACACACUGCUGGAGAAGAGCACCGAGAAGGAAGUCGAGGCUGUUUUGGCACACGAGCUUGGUCACUGGAAGAUGAACCACACGUCACGACUCCUCUUCAUCAGCCAGGCGCAUCUAUUCUACAUUUUUGCACUAUUCUCCGUCUUCAUCAAGAACAGGUCGCUUUACGCCGACUUUGGCUUCAUCCGACAACGGCCUGAUAUCGUAGGCUUUGUCCUGUUCAACGAGAUUCUCUCGCCUACGGACUCCAUUAUCAAGCUGCUCAUGAACGUAUGGACCCGCAAGAUGGAGUAUGAAGCUGAUGCCUUCGCUGUGGAUCUUGGUUACACACGCGAGCUCGGAGCUUCGUUGAUCAAGCUCCAGAUCCAGAACCUUUCCAGCAUGGACGCCGACUGGUUCUACUCUAGCUUCCACCACUCGCAUCCCAUCUUGACGGAGCGCUUGAAGGCUAUGAGCUGGACGGGCGACAAGAAGAUUGUGGAGGAAAAGGCCGCGGAUGAGGAUAAGCCGAUCAAAGCUGGUGACCGGGAACUUUGA